AUGAAAGCGGUCAUCACACAUCGAUUCUUGCCUAGGCGUGUACUGAGUUUCGCUCUCGGUAGCCCGCUUGGGACGGGCGCGCAAGUCAAGGAUGUCUCGAUUCCAAGCAUCACCGAUAAUGAGGUCUUGGUGAAGGUGCGUGCCGUCGCGCUGAAUCCGAUCGACUUCAAAGACAUCGAUUUCAUUUCCCCACGCAAUUCCGCCAUUGGCUGCGACUAUGCGGGCGAGGUGGCUCGGGUCGGCAAGAACUCGGGACAGCGCUGGAAGGUCGGAGACGAAAUCGCUGGCUUUGUUCACGGUGGCUUAUAUCCUGACGUUGGUUCAUUCGCAGAGUACCUGAAAGUCGAUGGAGACUUGGCCUGGAAGGUCCCUGACGAAAUGACCCUAGGUGAAGCCACCACUUACGGAGUUCCCGCAGCUACCGCGAUGCUGAGUCUUUCGUAUCUUGAUAUUCCCUGGGCGGAUAUUGAGAACGGGCGCAGCGCUCAUAGUGACCAACCGACCAUUCUCAUCUACUCAGGAGGCUCGAACGUUGGUCUUUUCGCUAUUCAAUUAGCUAAGAGAGCAGGAUACAAAGUUGUGGCAACGGCCUCGCCACGUUCCUUCGACCUCGCAAAGCGUUAUGGUGCCGAUGCAGUAUAUGACUACCGGACCUCUGCAUCUAUUGGCGAAAUCAAGAAGGCCUAUCCAAAUAUCACAAAAGCUUUGGAUUGCUUUUCUGAAGGCAGUUCGGCCGCCUUCUGUGCUGAUGUGUUACGAGAGGGCAAGGUGGUCACGCUACUUGACCAAGGAAAGCCGAAGAAGGCAAACGUGACCUAUACCUUCCUUAUGGUUUACACUGUGUUCGGUCGGAAGUUCCAGCUUAUGGCGCCUCUUGGCCCUGUGUUCCCGGUGAUUCCGACAGACCGCGAGGUUCUUACCAAUUUCUAUGGUAAUUUGUCCACUUUGAGCCUUGAUGUUGUGAGACCUCCACCUAUCACAACGAUCAAGGGCGGAUUCAAGGAGAUUUUUGAAGGUCUCGAGACACUUCGCAAGGGAGAAGGUCGAGGCACAAAGCUUGUAGUCGAGUUUCAGUGA